AUGGCGCAAGCAGCUGUGGUAAUUACUCCGCAAAGGCGUAAGCAGGUGCUCAAGGUGCUCUUCAUCUCGCUUCUGCUUGAUCUGAUCUCUUUCACCUUCAUCCUCCCGCUGUUCCCCAAGCUCCUCGAGUUCUACCGCGCCGUCGAUGCCUCUACCUCGUCUUCAUCAUCGAGUCCGACCCUUCUCUCUCGCGUCCUAAGUCUCCUCAAUGCAUACAAGAACACUUUUGCCAAACCGAUCAACGACCGCUACGACAUUGUCCUGUUGGGAGGUGCACUAGGCUCGCUCUUUUCCUUUUGCCAGGCCAUCGCGUCACCCGUCAUUGGCCGGCUGUCGGAUCGCUACGGCCGUCGCACUGCCCUGUUAUGGAGCAUGGUCGGUAACAUCCUCAGUGUCGCUCUCUGGGUCGCCGCCACAGACUUCCGCACCUUCCUCGCCAGUCGUGUCGUUGGUGGCCUAAGCGAGGGCAACGUCCAAUUGGCCAUGGCCAUUGCUACCGACAUCAGCGACGACAAGCAGCGCGGUGCUACCAUGGCUCUGGUUGGUGCUUGCUUCAGCAUUGCCUUUACUUUCGGUCCUGCUCUGGGUGCUGCUCUGUCCAACGUCACCAUCGUCCAGAGCAACCCCUUUGCUACUGCCGCUGGCUUCUCGCUCUUCCUCAUCGUUAGUGAGACUCUAUACCUCUACUUCUACCUACCCGAGACGCAUUUCGUCACUGCAACUGCCCUCAAAGAAGAAAAACCAGAUGGAGCUAAAAAGCCUGUGACUCGCCGCACGAAUUCGCACGCUCUACUCAACUUCACCCACCUGGCCUUCAUCCUCUUCUUCAGCGGAAUGGAGUUCUCUCUGCCAUUCAUGACCUAUGAUCUCUUUAACUAUGGCAGCAAGGACACUGGGCGCCUCCUCGGCUUCAUUGGCAUCAUUGCUUCCCUCCUUCAGGGCACCGUCACCCGCCGUAUGCAUCCCCUUCGCGUCGUUCAGCUGGGUGUUGUAUCAUGCUUGCUUGCUUUUGUUCUCCUCGCUCGUCUCACGACUCAGGCUCAGCUUUACGGUGCUGCUGCUCUGCUCGCCGUUACCAGUGCCACCGUCGUGACUGGUCUCAACAGUCUGAGCAGUUUUGAAGCCGAUGCUUCCGAACGCGGCAACAAGCUUGGAAACCACAGAUCCUUUGGUCAGAUCGGGCGCACCCUAGGACCUCUUUCCUUCUGCUCCUUAUACUGGUGGGCUGGUCGCGAUGUCGCAUAUGCUGUUGGCGCUACCGGCAUGCUUGGAGUUGCCGCACUUGCAUUCGGUGGUCUUCGUAAGCCUUCGCACGCGUGA